AAAAGAAGCCAUAGCAUUUAUAGGAUGCGUGGAUGAAAGAUUUGAAGGUUUUUCUUCGCAAAAGCUUCCAGAUUUGAAGGCAUGGCGACGUCAGAACGCUGGAGGCUGUUCCAGCAGUCCUGUGAGAAGGAGUUAGGCCGCCGUCUACCGGAGUUCAGCGGCCUGAACAGCAAUGAAGAACGGGCGAGAUUCUGCCUCCAGUUGAGCUGCUGGGAAGGUGACACGCUGACCCAGCUCAUAGAGAAACUACAGAGUCUCAGAGGGAAGGUGGGAAAGUCUACCGACAGGGCCAACCAACUCCGAGACAAGGGGAACACAGCCUACAAGGCACAGCAAUUCCAAGACGCAUUCACUCAUUAUACAGACAGUAUCUCCUAUAGCCCUGUCACACAUGGUAGUGAUGGUAAAAGGAGUGAAUGUUUAAGCCUUGCGCUUGCCAACAGAUCAGCGGUUUUGUUCCAUUUACAAGAAUACAAGCUGUGCUUACAGGAUAUCAUAGCAUCCAUAGAGGCUGGGUAUCCCGAAAACUUGCAGUAUAAGCUUCUACAUAGGAAAGUGUUAACCCUUUUUAAACUUGGAAGAAAUGAAGAAGCAAAGAAAGAAGUUAAGGCAGCUUUAGAGGCAAUAGAGAGAGCAGAUAUACCGGAGAAUAGGAAAGAAGGAAUGAGAAAGGAGCUUAAGUCAGCAGGAAGGAAUAUCUCAAAACAGGAAGGAAGUAAAGAAAAAGAAGGAGGUACAUCUACAGAAGAGGAGAAACUUCCGGAGCUGCAAUACGGAGAGAGUCACCAGGUGGCGCAUGCCUCAGUUGGAGUUGAAAUGAGACAAGACCCAGGCAAAGGCAGGUUGUUGGUCGCACAGCAGGAUUUUGAACCUGGGUCUGUCUUGAUUGUUGAGCAGCCGUAUGCAGCAGUGUUACUCCAGAAGCACCACCCGACCCACUGUCACAGCUGUAUCACACCUGUCCAGGUGCCACACCCGUGCAGGUGCUGCCAGUUUGUACAGUACUGCUCCAGGGCAUGUGAGGAACAGGCAUGGAAGGAAUACCACAGCCGCGAGUGCGAACACUGGCACCUGCUGCAGAUGGUUGACACCUUCGGACAGCUGAGUCUCCGUCUGCUACUGACUGCCGCCGCAAGAGGAGAGAAGAAACCCCCCAUUCCAGGAAUGGAAUCUUCUACCUCAGCUGACAACCCCUUGAAUCAGGAUCAACCUGAAAGCUGUGCAGAGAAUGUCAACCCCAACUCUGAAGAAGUCAAUGAAGUCCAAAUAGGUUCCCAAAGCACUUCUGAGCAAGAAAGUGACUUGUCCGUUCAAACCGAAAGUUUGCAGACUUCUACAGAGGAAGUUGAACUCCACGGAGGAAACUACAGUUCAGUCUACAGCCUGAUGCCCCACACAGAACACCACUCCGCGGAGCAACUGCUGACAUACACGAUGGUCGCAUGUCUCAUGUGUAAAUGUCUGGGGCACGAGCUGUGUGUGGAGGUGGUGGAGAGACUUGGGCUGGAAGGGGGUGACUGUGGAGGGGUGGCAGAGGGGGGGAGCCUGGAGGGGGGAGUCUCUGGAGGGAUGACAGAGAAGGAAGACUGUCUAGUGAAGAUGGCAGCACUUCUGUGUCAUCACUUGCAGCAGCUAAGGUGUAAUACCCAGGCCAUCUCUACCUUACAGGAGCAGGACUCGGUCUCAUUACUGGAGGAUAAGCAGGUUCGACUGGCCACCGCGGUGUUCCCCACAGAAGCAUUGUUGAACCACUCCUGCAGACCCAAUGUUUUUGUCAGCUUUCAGGGGAAGACUCUGAUUGUCCGCGCUGUAAGUCACAUUAAGGCAGGUGAAGAGUUGCUACACUGUUACGGGCCUCAUGCCGGCAGGAUGGGCAGAACAGAGAGACAGGCAGCCUUACUGGAACAGUACUACUUCUCCUGCAGCUGUGAUGCUUGCCAAGAAGAGGAAGACAACCCCGACACAGUAGACAUCUUCUCAGCCUACAAAUGUCCUUUUUGUAGUAACGCAGCCAAACUACAAGACCACAAGCUAACGUGUACAUCUACCACCUGUAACACUCAGGCAGACACAGACAACAUCAAGACAACAUCUGAGAAAAUACAGGACCUCUUUAUUCAGUCUUGUGCUCUUCUUGAGGAAGGUCAAGUACAAGAAGCGGUCUCAGGACUGAAACAAUGUCUCGUACUUCAGUGGAAGAUUCUUCACCCCAGCAAUAAGGACAUAGCGCGUACCCAUGAUGCAUUAGCGAGAUGCUACGCGACGACCGGGGACUGUAAGAAAAGCGUGGAACACCUGAAGAAAAGUCUGUCCGCUGUGGAGCUCCAGUUUGGCGCCUGUAGCGUAGAACUCGCACACGAGCUGCACAAGCUGGCACAGCUGCAGUUCAAUGGGCAGCAGGUUGCUGAAUGCUUGGACACCAUAGAGAGGGCCCUGUCCAUAUUUGGAUGCCACUAUGGAGACCACCAUCCUAAGACAAAAGAGCUGAAGGCAAUGAAGGAUUGCUUAAUAGAUGUGCUUGUUUAACCAUACAUGGUAGAACAAGGAAUCAGGGAUUUCAGACUUUUGGAAAGUGUUUGGGGUUUUUUCUGACCUUCAAGUUUACCCCAUUUCCUGUGUCUAACCUUUUCACAUCCUGUCAUUCUGUCAAAUCCCCACCCAUGUGCUGUCAACCUACACUUUCAAGAUUAACACACAAACUCAGCCACCCUAAAACAAUACUUCCAUACCCAUGAGUUAUAACAUCAUUCUCACAGAAACUUUUAACAUCAAGGCUAGCGCCAAAGAGUUAAAAGUCAUUCAGAGCAAAUAUUGUGUAGAUGUACAUGUAAGAUGGUUACUAGACGUACAAUUUGUAUGAUGCUACAAACUGAACUGAAGUAUCAUUAGUAGUGACAGAAAGAAUUCAAAAGCAAGCAUUCUGGUGUUUCUAUAGCUAGC